CGCUAUAUAGCUCGGCCUGCGCCCGGACGCACCCAGUUGCACCCAGCGCGUCGCGCCGCCAGGACAGCAAAAAUGAAGUUCGUCGCCGCCGCUCUGGUCGCCAGCGCCGCCGUCGCAGUGAUUCUGGCGCUGGAGGACCCCGUGCCGAGCUACUACGGGCAGUACCCCAAGGAGUGCACCCAGGUCUGCCACAAGAACCUGGAGCCCGUGUGCGCAAAGAACGGGGAGGGCAGGAACAGGACCUACCCCAACAAGUGCUUCAUCGACUACCUCAACUGCAGGGAGAACACCGACUUUGAGUUCGUGUCCGACGGCGAGUGCCCCGACGCCCCCCUGGAGUGGCAGAACGACGAGGACGCUUUCGCGAGGUUCGACGUCUAGCCGCCAGUCGCCUAGUUCAAACUGUUGUCCUCUACCGCCCCCUUCAUCACGCCUUGACAUGAACGCUUCCACAAUAAAUGAGACGAUUCCAUGA